AUGGCGCCUUGUGGCGGCAACGCCGUCACGGGGCCUGAGAGCGUCGCGGCAAGGCGGCUUGAUUUUUAUCUCCCGCCACCCGACCACCGCGCGUACCGCCGUGGGAAGAUUCAACUUCUGCGUGACCACAUCACCGCGUGGCGCCAUCAGCCACGGUGUGGCGUUGGUCAGGCCUUCUCUAGAGGGGCCAGUGCAAGCGGGAAGCUGGGAGGGGUUGUGGCGGACCCGCCGCUAUGGAACGCGGCUAACGUUGUGCCCCCGCAUCGGAAUGUGUCACGACACGAGAAGGUUCUCCUCCUGUCGCAGGUGUCGCAGAUGCCGCGGAGCGGGCGACGCACCCCUUCCACAGCCCCGCACGGCGACUCCCACGAGAGACCGUUGCGCCUGACAGGCUACGCCAAUACGCUUAAUAACAACAACAGCCACGCGGGGCCGAUUCUCGGCCGAGUGACGGAGGUCCCGUACUUUCACGACCAGGCCGUCUUUUGUCUGCCGCGAGACACGCGUGUUGCCGCUGCGACGGCUUCUACCUUCACUGCCGCUGCUGCUCCUCCUGGUGCUUUGGACGACAACGGGGCUCCCCAGACGGAGCCGAGUGUGCUCUUUUGCUACGGUGUCACUUCCAACACAGAGGAGAUGUCACAAUGCCGCGAGCAAGCGAACCCCACAGAGAGAGCAGUCAACGGUGAGGCGACGCCCCUCGUAAAGAGUACAAUUAGCAGCAGCUCUUUCAAGAGCCCAUCCUCUUUCUCUUUUUCCUUGCUGAAGUUGCACGACUUCAGGGCGGCGUCGGGGUUGGACUCAGCGAAACACAACAGUCUCAAGGUGGAUUCGUCCUUUGCUGCGAGGACGCAAUGCGUGGAGUUGGCCAUGGCCGUGCAUGCGGAGCGGACGCGGCGGACCUCGUCAAUGCAGCGGAUGCGCAGCGAGGGCGCACAUCAGCGCGUGCUUGAGCGGACGAUGGAGAUACCCAUUGACUGGAGAGAGUUUGAGCGUUUGUGCCCGGGCAGCAGGACGUUUCCCCCUACCACACUGUCUGAGAAGCGCUCUAGUACCCCAAGCCUCGGCCACACCCGCCUCACCGCGGCGUCUGCCACUGGCGCGGAGGGGCGAGGGCCAAUGCGGCUCUACAACAUCUGCAUAAAGAGGCGUGUGGCGAACAUGGAGGGGUCGAUGGAGAGCGCAUCCACUUUUCCACGUCUUGGGACCCGCGUGGUACUCUCUAAGUCGUGGGUGUAA